AUGUCUUCAAUUAAUCCUUCAAUCACCAUUGUUAAUGACAAUUGGAUACGUGGAAUACGACCUCCAAGAAGAAUUAAUCGAAGAAGAAACAGAAGGCCACGAAAUGCAGAUGCAAAUAAUGUAUUUCGAAUCCGCGUUCGAACUAUCAAUGAAGACACGGCUAAAUUUGAUGUGAUAUUGUUACCUCCUAGUUUCAUAAGGGAGAUAUUUUAUAAAUUUGUAAUUAUUAAAACGUUAGCAAUGUUUACGAUUGGGCCACUUGAAUGA